GUUUCAUUAGCGAUCCGUGCGUCUGUCCGGUGAUGGAAGCAUAAUUCUGCUGUAGUACGGACGCCGGCGGGAAGGACACGGACUGAACUGCUUGUUGCCGUUUAUGCAAGUCUGUCUUUGUCAGGAUUAACAGCCGGAACGAUCAUCGCACUGUGUGACUGAGGUCGUGAAGAUGCUGACAGACACGGCUGUGGAGGAAGAAUUUGAGAUCAAGGAGGAGGAACCGUGGUACGACAAGCAAGACCUUGAACAAGACCUGCAGCUGGCAGCCGAGCUCGGAAAAUCCCUCCUGGAAAGGAACAGGGAGCUGGAGCAGGGGCUGCAGCAGAUGUAUUCCACCAACCAGGAGCAGUUGCAGGAGAUCGAGUACUUGACAAAGCAGGUGGAUCUGCUUAGGCAGGUCAAUGACCAGCACGCUAAGGUGUACGAGCAGCUUGAUGCGUCGGCCCGAGAGCUGGAGCAGAGCAACCACAAACUGGUUCUGGACAACAGGACAGCCCAGCAGAAGAUCGAGGGUCUGACAGAGAUGGUGGAGCUGCUGCAGGUGCAGGUGGAGGAGCUGCAGCAUCAGGUGGAAGAGCUGAAGCUGGGUCCUCUGCAGCGAGGGAGAGGAUCACCUCGCAGCACUCGGAGCGUGUCCUGCCUGAAAGAGCUGCAAAACACACUCAGGUACGACUAUGAUGCAGAUGAAGCCUCAGAUGACCUUGAGUCUUCAGAUACGUUGUGGCAUGAGGAGGAGCAGGCUUCACUAAGACAGACCCUCAAAACCGUCCAGGCCCAGUUUGCAAGUGAGCGCUAUCGGAGAGAAGAGGCAGAGCGAGAGGCUGAGCUGCUGGCCGGCGAGAAUGCAGCGCUGGAGCAGCAGCUGGCAGGGAUGGAGGGAUGUCAGGCCAGAGUGUCUGAGCUGGAGCAUGAAGCAGAGGAACUUCGCCAGUUCUGGAAAUCAGAAUCCUCCUCGAGAUCCAGCAGGCCAGACACCGUCCACAGCUUGCUGCUGCUGGGCUCAGGGUUCCUUAAUCUAGAGGAGGAUGAGGGGGAGGCAGCUGCAGCUAAAAGCCACUGCGUCCUGAAGCACUGGGACAGUGAGUGGCUGAAAGCAAUGCAGAUGUCCGACUCUCCUGACAGGAUCUAUGACCACGAGUGCUCCUGCGUGCGCCGGGCUGAGGUGGUGAAGGAUCGUGGGAUCUCGCUGCUCAAUGAGGUCGAUGCCCAGUACAGCGCCUUGCAGGUGAAGUAUGAUGAGCUGUUGCGGCACUGCCACCAGGAGGAUGAGCAGGACAGGUUGAGCCAUAAAUUUGUCCAGACUGUGACAGACGCAGAUGACUUUCACCAGCCAGAGUACAAGGAGCUUUUCAGGGAAAUUUUCUCCCGCAUUCAGAAAACCAAAGAGGACCUGAUUGAAAACAGGGGGAGACCCUCGGCUAGUGAAGCGCUGCCUGUUUUACAGUAGCCACUUCGACAAAAAGGAAUGAAAAACACCUGCUGCAAGAUUAAUCGUCUUCCACUUACAGAGCGACUCUUUGGAAAGACUUAGCACAUCUACACUUUACUGUGUUAUCGCCAUGAUUCAAUGCAAAGGCGUUUGAGAUGGGUGUGAUGCAGGAACUAGAAGGCCAAACACCGCUGGCUCGUGUGGCAGAUGUGGCUCAGUUUGCACAGAAACACCAGUGCCUAUCACCACUGUCUCUACUGUACCAUAACUCUGCCUCACUUUGUACAACCCUGCUUUUAAAUAAGCUCCUGAGGAAACCAUUUUUGGACAAGAAUCUGGUUUCCUAUAAUUUCCUAGAAAGAAACAGACAUGUAAAGUUUAUGUAAAAGCAUUAAUUGGUACAAAUCAUAGAGAAAAGGGAGACUGUUUAUUGCUGGUGAGUUAGAAAGUCUUGUAUUAGCUGCACAGUGGGUCAUCUGAGCAUGCAAUAAUAUAAAGUUUGUCUAAAUUAAAUUAUAUACAAUUGUACAUAUAGAAAAUCUACUUUCUAGUUACAUCCUUGUUUAUUUCUAUAGGAAACAACUGCUUCAGGUGAGUGCAACUGAUGUUUUCAUUACUGAUUCACCUGGUGAUUUUUAAUUACUUGAUAUUUAGGCUGUAUAAUGUCAGAAAAUACAAGUCCAUCAGAAAUUCCCAGAGCUCCGCAUCAUGUUUUCAGAUCACGUUUUGUCCGUUUACAAUAAUAUAACAUGGAUAAACAGCAAAUCGUCACAUUUGAGACACUAUUUCAGGCAGUUUACCUUGAAAUAGUGUUAAUAAGUUAAUUAUGAAAAGAGUUGACAAUUUCCCAUCAAUCAACUGUUUUAAUUCUAGACUACUUCUAAAACUUACCAUACGCAGCUUUCAGAGCUUUUCAUCUCUUUUCCCUGUAAUUAGUUCCAAAUUACAACCCUGUUUACAGGACACCUCCUAGACUGUUGAUAAGAAAUUACAAAUCUGUGCUGUAUUGUAUUUGAUUUACUGAGCUUCUGUGAUAUGUGAUCUUUUAAAUUUAUAGCAGUUAGAAAAAAAAGUAGCUUUCUUGGUGAUAGUUUUGCCUGUGACUAUAUGAGUGAUCAAAUCAAAAAUUACCAAUAUAAUAUCUGAUAUUUUGGUAAAGGCGUUUAUAAGUAAAAGCCAGUGAUUCAAGGUGCUCAAAUAUACCCUGUUAGGAUUGUUGUAACAUGUACUUCUCUAACAUUAUACUUGAUUAGAAGCUUUCUCAGCAGCACCUGUUUUGCCUUUGCUGCCUGACCUGUGUGUGUCCUUGUUAAGCUUAAAGGCUGAGAACAUAUUUGUCGAUGUCAUGUUGGAGAUGCACUUUAGAACUGCACGGGCAAUGCUCUUCUGACACUUUGUUUGUGUCACAUAUAGUUAAUGUAAGUGUGAUGUGCUGCUGUUUAUGUACCAUGCGUUUUUGCUUGUUU